AUGUCUGCCCGGUCAAGUCGAGCCGAAAUCACCCCAGGCCAGAUCUCCAACGGCCGGAUCCGACAGACCCAAGCAUUAUGCGUGAAACCGUUGAUAAAAACCGAGUGCAGCAACGGGGCCCAGGUCGAGUGGAGGCGGAUCAGCGGGUUGGUCCUGUGCCAAGCCCCCGUCGGCCGAGUCUCGGAGCCGGAGGUAUAA